CGCGGGUGUUUUGUGUUUAAAACAGACACGCAUAUCAACUAUUGACAGUGGCUGUGUGUAGCUCUUCAUCGCUGCCGGCGGAUCUGCGACCUUAAGGCACGCGCGGUACGCAGCCAGCGCUUGAGCGGCAGAAGCUGCUCGCAGAUCGCGAUGGCCUUGGCCUCGCCCAAACAAGCCGGCGAGUUCUGCCUAGCAUGCGUAGGCCACGUCGGCGGCACCAUCGACAAAAACUACAGAGUAAGAAAGGAAGCGGGCCUCGACGCCUCCACCGCGGCGGCCGUCGAGGCCGCGGUCGCGCCGGGCGCCGCCUACCGCGCCGCGCGGGACGCCGUCUCCGCGGCGUUGUGCGACGUCGAGUACUACAAAACGGCGGCGAACGCCGUCAAACGGGCCAUCGCGGACGAGGCCAACAACGUCCUCGACGACUACGCGCAGCGCGUCGCGGACGCGGACCGCGCCGUCGACGGGCUCGACUUCUCCUUCGAGGGCGCGACGAGAUUAAGGCACCUCCUGAGCGACGCGACGCCGACGCUCGAAGCGGUCCGCGACUGCGUCGUCGCUAUUACGGCGGCCGACGCGCCGCGCGGCGGCCGCCUCGUCGACUUCUGCCGCGACCGGGCGCAGCGGUCCGGCGCGCCGCAAGUCGCGCACGCGCUGCGGCGUCUCACCGCGGCGGCCGAGAAGGCUGUGUUAAGAGCCUGCUGCGCGUGGUGCGUCCGUGGCGACCUCUGCCGCGACUUCUUCGUGCGCGCGGCGCGCCGGGCCGUGUCCGAGCCCUGGCCGCCGCUGCGCGCGGAGCACGCGCCGGUCCUGGGGGCGCAGCCGUCGCUCGGGCGCUUCGAGCUCGACGCGAACGCCGUGCCGCGCAGCCUCGCGUCGAAGCACCUCGCGGAGCGCAUCCUGUUCCUGGGCGGCGCGACGCGCGUCCUGCGCGCGGCGGCGACGCGCCGCCGGGACGCCGCGGCGCGCGAGGUGCGGCGGCGGCGCUUCCUGCAGCGCGCCGUCGCGGAGAUCGAGGCCGAGCCGCGCUUCGGCGGACUCGUACAAUGCGGCGUCUUUGGAAAAGGUGCCUUCGUCGCGGCGAUGGCGUGAGUAGGGGCGCCCGCCAACUCCUCGCUCGUUUUUGAGGCGUCGACGGCGAUGCUCGCAAGACAGAUAACCGCACACAGGUCAAGGCCGCCGACGAGCCCCUCCCGGCGGAAGAGCCGGACGAGGACGCGACGCCGGCCACGCGCGCCUGGCGCGACGUCGUCGCGCUGGCGGCGCCGCCCGUCGAAAGCGACGGGGCCUGCGGCGCCGAGGCGCGCGACGCGCGGCUCCGCGAGGCGCUGGAAGCUCUCGUCAACGCGCACGCGCGCGUCGCCGCGGAGAAGCUGAAGCACGUGCUCGUGCGCGACGGGUCGCUGGCCGCGGCCAUCGGAACGUUAGGAGGCGUUUGUUUGCUACGGUGCGGGCCCCUCUGGAGCCGGGCGCUCGACCUCGCGCGGCCGACUUUAGCCCAGGCGCCAGACUCAAAAAGAGGCGCGCUCUGCAUCCAGCGGUGUCUAGAAUCGGCGGCGCGCGAUCUGCUCCCCGAGGAGGAGGACGAGGAGGAGCGGCUGCGCGCGUGGCGCGCGUUCGAGCGCGCGGGCGGCGCCAAGGGCGCGGGCAAGUCCGACGCCGCGGCCUUCUUCGAAGCCUUGGGGAAGCGACGUACGGCGCCCACGACUUUAGAUGUGGGCGACCGCGUGGGCCACCGCGCGGCGCUCGACGCCGUCGUCGCGGCCCGGGGCGGCGCCGACCGCACGACAGCUUUAGUGGUGGCCGACCCGGAGCCCUUCCUCUGGUCGCCGGCGGAGGCCGACCUCCGGGCGCGUUUUGGUUUGAGGGGCGCCGCCGCGCGGUCCGAUAAUGUGGUCGUGCUCGGAGGCGACGGGGCCGCAGACCAACAAGAGUCGGACGACGAGGCGACGCCGCGGUUCCCGCUAGCUGAAGCGGCCGCCGUCCCGGCGCUCGAGGCGCUCGAGCCGCGGCGGCUGGCCCAGCGGGCGUGGCGGUUGGAGGCGGUCGCGGCGGGGCGCGGCGGCGACGCGCGCGUGCGGCUGGCUUUGAGAAGGCCGGGCAUGGCCGCGCGGCGGCGGCGGCCCGCCGUCGCCGCGGCGCUCACCGACGGGGGCCUGCUGGAGGUCUCGUUGGACGGUUCAGUUGUUGCCACGCGGCCCGCUUCGUUGGAAAAAGCGAGAUUGGCGCUGCGCAGCGCCCGGGGCGUCGACGGACGCUGGGAGCUUGAUGUUUUUGCCGCCGACGCGGUCACGGACGCCGUCCGGGCGACGGUGAAAGUGGUGGUGGACGUCGGCGGCGUGCUCGGCGGACACCGCGCGGCGAUCGCGCUCGAGCUCGUGGGCGACGCACCAGUUGAUGUGGCGCGCUUCUCGCUGGCCUUCGACGACAUCGAGGAGGAGGAGACGAGUGCGGCGGCUGUGGUGUUGGGCUCGUCGUCGCUCUCGAGGCGAGCGGCCCGGGCCGACGCCGAGGCGUCGCGGGCGGCGGACGCCUGGUCGCGGGCGUUGCGGUGCGACGUGGCGCCGCGGUGGCCCGUUGGGGAUCUACUUCCGGGCUCCUCCGCGGGCGAGGACUACCAGGCGGCCUUUGCGCGCAUCUUCGCGGCGCGCAAGGCGCUCGCGGACCUCGACGCGUGCUGGCCGGCGCUUUCAUCGGCGGGCCGCGAGUUCUGCGCGUCGCACCGGCGCCGCGACGAGCGCGACGGUUUUGCCGCUUUGAUGCGGCUGCAACAUUUACAUUUCCGCUGCUCCGCCCUGUGCCGAUGCAUCGUGGCCGUCCUACAGCGCGACGGCGUCGAGCCGCUCUGGCGGCGCCUCUGCGAGCGCAUCGAGGAGCCGGGCGACUACGACGCGUUGCGCGACGCCCACCGCGCCUUCCUCUUGGAUCUGCGGGACGCCCUGCGUUUGGACGAGGAGGACGUCGGCGCGGCGCUCGAGGCCGUCUUUCGAGACGCGGCUCGUCUCGCACGGCUCGUGGACGCGUACGCGGCGGCCGCGGACGACCUGCCCGCGUCGACGCUGGACGCGCUGCGGCGGGACUUCGACGCCCACGCGGCUGAGCUCGUGGGGCUGCCGGCGCUGGCGGAGACGGCGUUGGUGGGGUGUCUAACUUAGGUUUUACUAG